UAUGCUGUAUAAUCUUUUGCUUGUAAUAGUCAUCUCCCAGCCAGGCCAUCCCACUUGCCUGGCAGUUUGUAACGCUGACUUCCAUCAAAAUGCUGAUGACCACAGGAUAUGUCUCAUAUAGAUGUUUUCAAGUUGCCUGAAACCUCCUUUGAUCUGGCAAUGAGCAGCCAACUGAAGUGCUACCCCAUGCCCCUCCUCUUUCCCACAGUGACAUCCCAGCUCCCUGCUUCCUUUUCCAGCUAACAGGAGGAAUUUGCAAGCAGAUCUCAAGAAACUUCUUGUGAUAUUCACUAUUUUUCUGAGGAGUCAACUGGAGUGCAACAAAGAUGAACUGGAAAGAAAUCCUUUUUCUCUCUUGCCUUGCAACUUUUGUGCUCUUGGUUGUUCUUGAGAAGAGCCACAGUGCUGCUGUGGGCACCAGGAAGGCAGCUGGGGAAGAGGACAAGGAAAGUGUGAAAAAGAAGAUUUUUAUACAAGAAUCAGAUGCCUCUAACUUCUUCAAAAAGCGUGGCAAGCGAGCCACCAAAUCCAGAGAUGAGCUCAAUGCGGAGACCGGGCAGAUGCUGAUUGCUGAUGAGCAAAGGAGGGAGUACUUUGAAGAGCAAAGGAACAAGUUUGAGAAUUUUGUCAAGGAAGAACAUAAAGAGCAACAGGAGAGAAGCCGGGAACAGAUCGAGCAAUGGCGUCAAUAUCACUACGACGGUCUCUACCCAUCUUACAUGUACAACCGUCACCACAUCUAGAUGUAAGAAGAGUGAACUAAAAAAAAAGUUAAAUAUUUGCUGACUAAGCCGUUCACAGGACACCAAAGAAGCCACCACAUUUCCAAAGUCUUGGCCAUGUCAUGGAUCCCACUGUGGAAUCUACUCCACCAAGCCCUCCUCCUAUAGUAAUUGCAUUGACUCUGUUUUAAUAGAUAGAGCUUCUCAUAGGGUGCUGCUUUGCUUUGUAUUUUGAGGUGCCUGGAUGUGUGACAAAAUCUGGAUUUAAAACACAAAAGUGGAACAAUGCAGACAGAAUUAGGUCCCUGAGACAUGUAUAAAUCAGGAUAGUUUAGGCUGUUUAGAAUUUGUCUUAUGUAAACAGAUAAGAAUUUUUUUUUUAAAUCACUGUAUCAUGGGAAUCACUGAAAAGCAAAUCUAUGUUUGCUGUAAUCCCAGAGUCUCUGUAAUAUUUUACUUUAAGUUUAA